AUGGCAAGCACAAACGGUGCCUCUACCGCCCCCGAGCAAUCGGGUGGUCCCCAGAGCAACCUUGGCAAGGAUGAAGUCGCCUGGUUCUUCGUCGAGCAAUACUACACCACACUCAGCAAGACACCUGAGAAGCUUCACCUCUUCUACAGCAAGCGAUCUCAAUUUGUCUACGGCCAGGAAGCUGAGGUUGCCGAUGUCUCUGUCGGCAGACAGAACAUUCAAGAACGCAUCAAGAGUCUCGACCUCUCGGACAGCUGCAGCAAGGUCCGCAUCUCCAACGUCGACUCGCAGACUUCGUACGACAACAUUGUUAUUCAAGUCAUUGGCGAGACCUCCAAUAAGAUUGGCGAUGACCCCAAGAAAUUCGUCCAGACUUUCGUCCUAGCCCAGCAGCCGUCAGGUUACUUUGUCUUGAACGAUAUCCUUCGUUAUCUCGACGAGGAUACUGAAGAGGACCAGGGUGAGGCCGCUGCCCAAGAGCCCGCCGUGGAGACUUCGGCUCCCGCCCCUGCCACUUCGGCUCCCACCACCGAGGAGGCACACGAAGAGCCUGUGGCUAAGGCUGAGUCUGUUGUUGAGGAAGCUGCCCCUGCCACAGCUGCUCUUGAUGCUGGCGCUAUUGACGACAGGCUCGAGCAAGUUGCUCGCAAUGACACAGCCUCCGUCAACGGCGACGCUGCCACCGAGGCUCCCACUGAGCCAGCUGCCACUGUCGACGCAGAGGAGACUGCCCGUCAGAUCGAAGAGGAGGACACCAAGGAGCCCGAGAAGCCUACUGACCCAAGCCCGACUCCUGUUGCUGCCCGUCAACCCCCGGCUCCUCAAGCUGCUGCUCCCGCUCAGCCGCCGAAGCCCAUGACCUGGGCAAGCCGCGCUGCCGCUGCUGCCGGUCCCCCUCGACCCGUCGUCCCCCUUGCCAAGACAGCAACUCCCGCCGCUCCCGCUACCCAACAACGACCGGCUGCUCCAGCAGCCCCUGCGGCCUCGAAGCCUGCCGCUUCCACUACCCAGCCCACCGAGACACCCUCAGCAGCCGUCACUACUGCUAAGGAUGAGUGGCAGACAGCUGGCAGUGACUCGAAACGACACAACCGCCCUCAGUCCAUCUCGGGCCCCCAAGGAGAUAAGGAUGGCGUCUUGGGCUACGUGAAGUACGUCACAGAGAAGGUCCAGCAGGAUGACUUGAAAACGACACUCAGCCAAUAUGGUGAGGUCACAUAUCUUGACAUCAAUCGCACCAAGAGCUGCGCCUUUGUUGAAUUUGCAACCCCAGCCGGCUACCAGGCUGCUGUUGCUGCCAACCCCCAUGUGGUGAACGGCGAGAACAUCACCGUUGAGCCCCGCCGACCCAAGGCUCAGGCUUACGGUGGUGGCAACUUUGGUGCUGGACGAGGAAACGUUGCCAACCGAGGUGGGCGAGGUGGUUUUGAUGGAGGCCGAUCCGGAGGCCAGGGCGGCAGAGGCAACUUUGGACAGAACCGCGGACGAGGUGGCGUCCGCGGCCGCGGCGGUGCACAGGCUUCAGCCUAA